CCAUCCGGGUGAAAUACCAAGUUUUUCUGGAGUCCCGCGCAGCCUCCUCCAGGCAGCAGUGCCACGGCGAGCUCCGCGCGUCUCCACCGCCACGCCAGUCCCCGGGAUGCUGCAGGAGUGCGCUCCGGCAGAAGCGGACAUCAGAAGGGCUUCCUGUGUACUUUAACGGUCCCGUCAAACGAGAGAAAAGGUAACAACCCCGUCGCCACAGGACGCCUGUCACUGAGCGCUCCUGCAUGUUCUUUGCGCACCCAGCCGUCCUAGCGCGCACGCCGCACGCUGAGCAGCGCGUCCGAAUUGGAGCCCUCUUUACUUCCACGCUACUUGUCCGGUUUAACCUGAACCCACGCGCCGUCGAGGGAGAUGUGGAGAGGUUUUCUGACCUCCGCCACAUCGCGGCUGUGCCUCCUGAGCGUCUGGCUGGAAGGGUAGCCGCCGUUUCCCGAGGAGGAUGCCGAGCAGAUACUGGAUCUGCGUGUGUGCAUAAAGAAGUAUCGAGGUGCAAAUCACCACCUCUGGCAGUCAUGAGGAACAGAGGACAGGGUGCUGAAGAAACAUGCCAUGUCAAUGAAGCAACUGUACAGAGUUCCAUUUGAAAGGAAUAGUCAAAGGGUGAAGGAACUACAGUACCCAUUUGUACAGAGGGUGAUGAAGCUGGAUGCAAAUGACAACCCACACGCUCGUGUAUGUCAACAAGGCCGGGUUCAAUCUGAACAAAAUUAGACGACGUGGCAGGAGCAUCAUUGAACAUCGUGCCACAGUGGAUGUGUCAGGCCAGCGUGGGGGCUGAAGACGCAGUCCUGAAGAUUGAUGGAGGGCCAUGCUAUUCAAACAGCAGGCAUUGCUGAGACAGAAGCUCUUCGUUCUGGGCAGCCUUGCUAUUGGAAGUGUCCUCUAUCUUGUGGCCAGGGUUGGGACCUUGGAUAGGCUACAACCCAUUUGCCCCGUUGAGAGCCGAGUGCCCCCUCCUGAGCCAGAGCAAAUCCCCCUCCGCACCCUGCAGUUUAAGCGUGGACUGCUCCAUGAACUACGCAAGGGCAAUGCCACCAAAGAGCAAAUCCGCCUGCACAACCUGGUCCAGCAGCUGCCUCGGGCCAUCAUCAUUGGGGUGCGCAAGGGGGGCACCCGCGCCCUGCUGGAGAUGCUCAACCUGCAUCCGGCAGUGGUCAAGGCCUCACAGGAGAUCCACUUCUUUGACAAUGACCAAAACUAUGCCCGGGGCAUCGACUGGUACAGAGAGAAAAUGCCCUUCUCCUUCCCUCAUCAGAUUACCAUUGAGAAGAGCCCCGCCUACUUCAUCACAGAGGAGGUCCCUGAACGCAUCUUCAAGAUGAACUCCUCCAUCAAGCUGCUGAUCAUAGUCCGCGAGCCCACCACCAGAGCUGUGUCCGACUACACGCAAGUGCUGGAGGGCAAGGAGCGCAAAAACAAGACGUACCACAAGUUUGAGAAGCUGGCCAUCGACUCCAACACCUGCGAGGUGAACACAAAGUACAAAGCAGUGCGAACCAGCAUCUACACCAAACACCUGGAGCGCUGGCUGAAGUACUUUCCCGCAGAGCAGUUCCACAUCGUGGACGGGGACCGCCUCAUCACUGACCCGCUGCCGGAGCUGCAGCUUGUCGAGCGCUUCCUCAACCUCCCCUCCAGGAUCAGCCAGUAUAACCUGUACUUCAAUGCCACCAGGGGAUUUUACUGUCUGCGAUUUAACAUCGUCUUUAACAAGUGCCUGGCAGGCAGCAAGGGCCGCAUCCAUCCAGAGGUGGACCCGUCAGUGGUGACUAAACUGCAGAAGUUCUUUCACCCCUUCAAUCAGAAGUUUUACCAGAUCACUGGUAGGACAUUCAGCUGGCCAUGAUGAGCUUCGGACUCCUCCAAUGAGAUUCUUUGGAUUGGCGUUUUUUUUUUUUUUAAACACCAAGCUACGAUAUCUCAAAAGAUAUUAAUAGCACUUUGAUUGAAUUUAAUACAAGAAUGACAGUGUGACCAAAUAUAAAAGGAACUUGAUGUAGGUUUGUUUGUACGUGUGAAAAUAAAACAAAAUAGUUUGAUGGUUUGACUAAAAGAUUGCAUUCAAAGCACUUGAUCUUGCAAAUGAAUUCCCCUGACUCUCAUUGUUCCCCCAAAAAGAGAAAAAAAAACCAGUACUGAACUGUGUGAUUAACUAAAGAGAUUAUUUUUGUUGCUAUUUAAAAGACUAUCAAACACUGACAUUCAUGCUGUUAAGAUAAGCUUUAAGUGUGAUGCUUUUCUCAUGAUAAAACACCUGACAAAAUGACAUUUGAUAAACAAAGUUGUUCAUUUGUUCUCCAUCAUGUUGUUUAUUUGACCACUGCAUGUGCAAUCAAGAUGCCAUUAUAACAUUGUAGACUCUUGUAUUAGUUGUCUUCUGUUGUCUCUUCAUGUUGUUUUUAAUCACAUUUUAUUUCGAAUUCAUGCUGUGAUAAAUCCAUUAGAAGUUGACCUCUUUUAAUUAUCAGCACAAUACCCAGUCUGAAGAUCAGAACAGAACAGGAAUAGCUCAUCAGAAUAGGAUAUAAUGUUUCAAACUUGAUUCAAACCAUGUCCAAAACCUUCAAAGCAUUUAAGACUCAAUCUUGUGUUUUUUAUGUAAGUAUGUUGUUUCUUCCCCCUACAGCUCUUUCAUGGGUUUGCGAAAUACCUGGCAAAAAAGCCAUAGUGGAAAAAAAAAGUUAUCCUCUGAUGAUUCUUGUCAAAACCGACUGUUUAUUCUAUGAUGAUUAGCAAAAUGUGUCUGUUUCUGUGCAAAUAUUCAUUCUGUAUCAUAAGCGUGUUGUUAAAAAAGGUGAAAUUAAAAGAAUGUGAACAUUUGUCAGCUGA